AUGAACCCAAAUGUGGGUACGGCGGCGGCAAGAGUGAGGAAUUUUACAAGAAUGAACCCUCCAGAAUUUUAUGACUCCAAAGUUGAGGAAGACCCUCAAGAGUUUAUUGAUGAGGUCUACAAGGUACUUGUAAUUAUGGUAGUGACUCUGAUAGAGAAGGUAGAAUUAGCCUCUUACCAACUCAAAGGGAUUGCUCAGAUUUUGUUCAAUCAGUGCAAAGAGGCAAGGCUAGUGGAAGCGGGUCCCAUAGAAUUGGAAAGGUUCAUAAGUGCUUUUCUUGAGAUAUUCUUCCCUCUAGAGAUGAGAGAUGUCAAGGAAGAAAAGCUCAAGGAAAGAUCUACAAAGGCAAAGAGAGCAACAGUGGAUGAUGGUAACUAUUCACAUUCUAGUUCUGGUGGACGGGGUCGUUCAAGGUUUCAGCAAAAGUUCUCCAAGCAAGGUAACUCUAGUUCUCCUCCAAGGCAUGAUAAUGAGAGGGUGUCUAACCCAAAACCUCAAGGAGAAGGUAAUUGGUCUUCAAUGCCUACUUGUGCUAAAUAUGGGACAAAUCAUGAGAGGAAAUUUCUAGCGAGUUCUAAUGUUUGCUUUUGUAGUGGAGAUACAUAUCACAAAAUAAGGAAUUGUCCUUCGGUUGCUAAGAAUGAUGGAGAUGGUCAUCGUAGGGCUCAACCAUAUCCUUCAUCCGGUCCAAAUGGUUUGGGUUGGAAUGCUCCUAAGCAAAACCAUUUUUAUGCUCUCUAA